GUCAAUUCACUUAUUUUCUUAUUCAAUCACCGUUGCAGACUAGACCGAAAGAUGAAGUUGUCUCUUCUUUUCUUAGGUCUCUUUUUGGUAGCUACUUCUUCGAGCGGCCCUGCCCCCGAGAGUAUUAUGGAAUUGUUGCUAAAGGCCCGUCAGGACCGCAUUUCUACUCUCGUGCAAGCCAUUCAAGCUGCCGGUUUAGCUGAAACACUACAAAAAGAGGGCCCUUUCACGCUUUUUGCUCCUACAAACGACGCAUUCAAGAAACUACCAGAAGAUAGUGUUGCAAAGUUAACUGCUAACCCGACAGAACUUAAAAAGUUUCUUCUGCAUCACGUUGUUAAAGGCAACAUUCCUGUAACCGAGCUCAAAUCUGGCGAUCUGAUUGCCAUGGACGGAGGAAUUUCUAGGAUCACAGUGUCUGCACCAGAUAACAUAACUGUGGACAAAGCCAAAAUCUAUACUGCAAUGAAUUUGACGGCAACUACGGCGGUUAACGGCGUGAUUCACUUUAUCGAUCAAGUCUUACUUCCUUGAGCCCCAAGAAAAAAAACUGCUUACGUAUUUGCUAUUCUCAUGACAAGACCAAAACACUGUCAAAAUUACCUUCCGUGUAGCUCUGGGUUGUAUUCAGCAAACAAUCAAAAUAUACUUUAGUUAUUGCAAA